AUGGUCAACAAGGUGCAGUCGACAGUGCCUGACGUUGACGCGACAGCCAUCACCCUCGACUCCUGGGGUCAUGAUCAUGUCAGUAGAUACACUUGCGCAGCGAACGGAACGGACGCCCUCGGGUCACCGAGCGGGUACACCUUGCACUGGACGACGGUCGCGAGCGGCGGCGCGCUCGCGCUCGCGGCUGAGGCGCCGACGGGCAGCUGGGUGGCUGUCGGCUUCUCGAGAAACGGGAUGAUGGUCGGGAGUGAGGCAGUUGUGGGCAAGUCAGCCCCUUCUCCGGGCACUCCCGCGGUUCAAGCCUACAGCCUGAUCGCCCAGAACCCCGUGCAACCAGCGAUGUCGGUCCAAGUGAAUGGGAACCUGAACAUCCAAAACGCGACCGUCGAAACGCCUACUUCUGGGAGGAUCCUUCUCAGGUUCCAGAGGUCCUUCCCGGACGGCGGAAACGUUCCGGUGCAGCUGAACGGAAUCCAACAGAUGGUGUGGUCCUACGGGCCUGCAGGGUCAACGUUUCCAACAUACCACCUGCAAAACAGGGGAGCCAUCGCCGUCGACUUCAGCGCAACGCCCACGAACCAAAUCGCACCCACGGAGGGAUCCCCUUCACCAGCAACGGCAGCCGGCCCCGGCGCGAAUCUGGUGGUGCCAGCUGGCAGCCCGCCGCUGGCUGGCCCCCCUGUUGGCGGUGUACUGCCAGGCACCCCUGCGCCAGCUCCCGGGAGAUCCCCCGCGGGAUGUGUGCCAUCCACCCAGCCGGGGUUGACUGCCAAGUUGUGGCUAGUGCUUCGCUUGGUGCCCACUCCCGGCUGGAUCGCAAUCGGCGUUUCUCCAACCGGGGGCAUGAUUGGCACCGAUGCGGUUGUCGCUAUUCCGGGGGGGCAGCUCCGGUCUUACAUGCUCACUGCGCACGACCCCAGCGGGGUUAAUCCGGUCGCUCCGGGGUUCCGGAACGGGAGCAUCGACUCUGCGAACGGAAUGAUUUCGAUGACGUUCACGCGGGACCUGACGGGGCCGGGCAGAGUCCCCAUUAACACCAUCGGAGGCACCUUCAUUGUCUGGUCGACUUCUGCGGCGCGAACGCCCAACUUUCCGGGGCCAGAAUAUCACGGCAACGACAAGGGUGCUGUAUCCAUCGAUUUCGCGAGCGGGGUAUCUGGACCGCCCAUUUCGGCGUCCAGUCUUCCGCCGAGGACCUACUACAAAGCCCACGGCUGGAUGAUGUGGGUCGCCUUCGGAGUCCUCUUUCCGCUCGGGAUAAUGACCGCGCGUUACGGCAAGAGGUGGGACCCCUACUGGUUUUGGGCGCACGUGGGAAUCCAGAUCUUGGCAGUGUGCGUCGCGACGGCCGCGGGCGGCAUCGCGCUCGCGAGGUUUAAAUCCGGACCCCUGCUGCACAAGAACGUGGGGCUCUCCGUCUUGAUACUGAUCUGGAUUCAGCCGGUGCUGGGCCUACUGCGCCCUCACAAGGGCACCCUCCUCCGCCUCCCCUGGUUCUUCCUCCACUGGCUGCUGGGAACGACUGCAGUCGUUCUCGCGUGGAUCAAUAUCUUUUGGGGCCUCGACCGGUACCGCUUCCGCUUUGGUAACACCCUGCGGGUGUGGUACGUUCUGUGGGCAAUCAUCCUCUCUUUCUGGGCCUUCCUCUACCUCUUCCUGGCGACUUGGCCCGAGUUCAAAGCCCAGUUGUGUCGCCCAAUUCCAAAAGAGGAUCGAAAUGCCACGGACUCCGCCCAAUCCACUACGGAGGCUCCUGCGCCGGCGAACGACGAGGCUUCGUCUUGUCGUUCGAGGUCGAGUAGAGGGGUGCGCGCCGGCCCAUGA